UCGAGCGAAAUUGAGCGCAUAGUUUUUCUAAUCUGUGGUUAAGCAACAAACUAAUGAUGAGUAACGAUAAUGGUGAACAUAGAUUAGUGUUUAUGUAAAUAUUGCGUUUUGCCUCCUGAAAUUAUAUUUAAUAUUCAAUAUUUUGCACAAUUAUAAUUUUACUAAUUCAGUGACUUUAAAUUACUACUUAUUACGAAUUAUGUAUUUAACUUUUUAAUGUCUGUCGUACAAAUACCAGUCUAAAAUCACUUGGGUACAGUGUAACAGUCACCAUUAAAUGCACAAGGGUUAGAACAAUGGGAGGUUGUCGCUGUUCAUAUGGCUCAUGCACUGUGAAAACUGAUGGUAAAACUCACAUGUUUCACUACCCAGUGUUUGACAAAGUGAGGUGCCACCAAUGGUUGGUUAAUGGUAAUAGAACUGAUUUCCUAAAUUUGCGAGUGUCACAGCUCAGGAACAGAGUGGUUUGUCAACAUCAUUUUAAAGAUGAACACUUCAUGAAUUAUAAGAAAGAUAGACUGAAAUGUGACGCAGUACCCACAGAAGAUGGUCCUUAUUGUAAUCUAAAAAGUAAAGUAGAAAACCCAUCUAUACUAUGUGAUAUUGCUGUUGACGAUAUUGAGAAUGAAUGUUUAACAGUUAGUGAUAAAAAAGCCAAUUAUUCAACAAAAUAUGCAGAUUUUUUGAUGAAUAAUGAUGUAAAAGAUUCAAAUGUAUCUACUAUUAGUACAAUAAAAAAGGAAAACUUAGAACAGUCUAAUAAUAAGGCCAUACAAAACAUCAUCAAUAUGAAGCUCCCAAAUACCAGCAAUAUCAAGUACUGUGUUACUGAUAAGUUUGGCAAUAUUCAAAAUAAUAAUAUUAUACAAAGAGAAAAUCAGAAAAUAAAUUUAAUCAAUAAUUAUAGUUCAGAAUGUAAACAAGUACAGCCACCUAAUAUGAUACAAAAAUAUCAAACUCAGUCUAUGUUAACGUCGCCACUUUCCAAGAACUCUCAUGAAAGUUUUAUUGAAAUUGAUAUGGCGCCCGUGAAAAAUAAAAGUGUCAGUAUAUUAAAAGACAAUAAAACUGCAGUAUCAAUGGUCAAUCCAACGAAAAAUAAAAUAAAAAUCAUAUCAGAGAAAAAAAUAUCAGAACCAUUUCCCAUUCCAAACAAAUUACGGCGGAUUUCUCCAACUUCAGUUAUCUGUGGACCAAAUACUGAAAUUAGAAUUCAGUCAAAUGAAACAGAUAAUUUUAACACUGUAAUAUCAGAUGAUAAACCAGUAGAAUACACUAUUGAAGAAGUGGGUAUGAAAUUUAACGAUAUAAAUAAGGAAGAAGGACCUCACGUUGACAAUAUAGCGGCACAAAAGACAAAUAAAAAUAUAACAAUUGAGAAUAUUGAAAUUAAACAAAUGUCAAAUAAAACCCCUGAAAAAAGUAUUCAAAACCUAUGUGCGACAACAUCCCCUAAAAUUUCUCUUAUGAAGACUAAAAUACCACCAGAAAGAGUAGCAAAAAUUGAGGAAAAAAGAAAGUUUAAUAUGAAACUAAGAGACAUUAUAGAAUCUUGUCUUGAUAAAUUAGAUGAUCCUUAUAGAAUUGUUGAGGAAGUUAAACAAAAACAUAAUACGACGAAAGAAAUAAAACAAAAGAAGGUAUCUAAUAAUGAACCCAAUCAGGAUAAGGAAUCUAAGAUAUCUAGUAUGCAUGAGCAUUCUGUUGCAAUCUUAGAAGACCGUAUAAAGAAAAUGGAAGAAACUUUGUUAAGAAGAAUAGAUCAAAAUUCUGAGAAGAUAAAUGAAUUAAAGUUUUCAAUGUUACCUCACCCUUUGAAUACUAAGUCUGUCACUACUCAAAUUCCAGUAAAUGAAGAAUCGCAUAAAAGACGCCUUUACCAAGAAAUAUCAAAAUAUUUAAGCCCAAAUGCAAAUAAUAUAAUUUAUGAAGAACUAUUUUUGAGUAAAUAUACUCAAAAACGAUUAACUUCACCGCCUUUAAAACGUCGCAAGGCUAGGUGCCUUUUGUGAUAAAUAGGUAAUAUGUAGUGUAAGGUUUUGUAAUAAGUUACAUAUUACUAUAUUUUACAUUAUUUAUUUUAAAAAUUACAUUUAUUAAAUAAUUCUCACGAGA